AUGCCCAGGAACCCCUGUCUGAUCUGUUGCAGUGGCCCCGGUUAGUUGAAGAAUACAACGUGAGGUCAUUCUUAAUGAUGGAGCAACCGUUCUAUUCUGCCUUAUCCCUUGGUGGUGUUGUGAGAGCAUUAGUCCAGAUGUAUAGGAGUCUCGUGACUCUUGUCAAUGAAAAAUGAAGACUUUUUGGUGUUGUUUUCCCACAGGCAUGCUGGUGGUGAAUGUGACCUGGAGAAACAAGAGCUACGUCGGCACCCUGUUGGACUGUACUCGACACGAUUGGGCACCUCCCAGGUAAGCACAUCGCCACCAUUUAUUAGUUCUCUCCACUUUCAUUCUAGACUGUUCACAUUUUUAGGGUACUUUGUCUCUUUAAACAUUCAUUGGAUUCAACUGAACAUUUUGAAAUCGGGUAUCGGCGUUAGGCAUACGGCUUCCGUAUACUGAAUUGUAAUUGAAAAAUGGUCGCUGGCCAUAAUCUUUCCACAGUACCAUAAGUCUUGUACUUAGUAGUGUUUGAUGUCAAAUAUGAGCAUUUCCAGGGGCCAUCAAACAUCAGAUACUCAAUUUAAAACAAAUCAUUUACCCUUCUAGCACUUGGUCUCUCACCUUUCCUCCGAUAUGAAUCUGCCCAUCUGCCAUCUAUAUCACGCUAGCUGUUGGAUGUUAGUCCUCACCUCCCGUCUCUAGGGGGGCAGCAGUGCUUGCCUAUCCACUGUAGUCUUUAUCUUGGGCUCGGAGAUACGUUCUGCAAACUGCUGACGUCCCGAGAGGACGUGAUAGAAAUAGAAUCGUCCACCAAGCCAGAUUGCCGGAUCCAAUUAUUGCGCUAAUAGCUUUUCCCAACACUGUAUCACAUUCUCCAGUGCCGUGGUGGGACCAGAACGCCUAUCAGCAGCAUUGUCUCAGCACUGGCUCAUUUUCUCAUGCUCUUUAAUUCCUGAAAUCCCCAUCUCAUUUAACUACCGCAGAGAGUUUAGCUUAAAUUUUUUGAUAAGACCAUACCACUCAAGCUCUGCACAGCCACAUCCACCUUUAGUCAAAACGUCUCACUGUGUACUAGGAGACGUGGGAGAAUGACAGUGUGUUCUAUCACUUUUAUCCUGCGACAGACUGGCUUUCAGAAUUGCAUUGUAGCUGGGCUUACUGUGACAGUUUGAUUUGAAGGCUCUCAGCAAAGUAACAGCUCAACAAACUUUCAGGAAACCAAAUCCACCUUCUCUCCAGCUCCACGAUGAGUAAUGAGUCUGUAUUCCUCCAUCUCCGUGGGCCUACGGAUUUACUCUCAUCCCCUGCUGCUGGUGAAAUAGUUUGGAGUGGUUGGAGGGGGGAAGUUAUGAGUCAUCCCGGGCACCGGUGUCUUUGUCACAGACUGUUAACCUUCACUGCUGGGAUAAUUACAUUAUUAUCAAAGAGACAUGGGGCCCAACUCUAUUUUAGGGAUGGGAAUUAUGCCACUUAUUAUUUGCCAGGCAGGUACACUACAUGACCAAAAGUAUGGGCAUUAAUAUGGAGUUGGUCCCCUCUUUGCUACUAUAACAUCCUCCACUAUUCGGGGAAGGCUUGCCACUAGAUGUUGGAACAUUGCUGUGGUGGGGACUUGCUUCCAUUCAGCCACGAGCAUUAGUGAGGUCGGGCACUGAUGUAGGGCGAUUAGGUCUGGCUCGCAGUCGACGUUCCAAUUCAUCCCAAAGGUGUUCGAUGGGGUUAAGGUCAGGGCUCUGUGCAGGCCAGUCAAGUUCUUCCACACCGAUCUCGACAAACCAUUUCUGUAUGGACCUCGCUUUGUGCACAGUGCAUUGUCAUUCUGAAACAGGAAAGGGCCUUCCCCAAACUGUUGCCACAAAGUUGGAAGCACAGAAUUGUCUAGAAUGUCAUUGUACAGUCGUGGUCAAAAGUUUUGAGAAUGACACAAGUAUUGGUCUUCACAAAGUUUGCUGCUUCAGUGUUUUUAGAUAUUUUUUGUCAUUUGUUACUAUGGUAUACUGAAGUAUAUUACAAGCAUUCCAUAAGUGUCAAAGGCUUUUAUUGACAAUUACAUUAAGUUUAUGCAAAGAGUCAAUAUUUGCAGUGUUGACCCUUCUUUUUCAAGACCUCUGCAAUCCGCCCUGGCAUGCUGUCAAUUAACUUCUGGGCCACAUCCUGACUGAUGGCAGCCCAUUCUUGCAUAAUCAAUGCUUGGAGUUUGUCAGAAUUUGUGGGUUUUUGUUUGUCCACCCGCCUCUUGAGGAUUGACCACAAGUUCUCAAUGAGAUUAAGGUCUGGGGAGUUUCCUGGCCGUGGACCCAAAAUGUUGAUGUUUUGUUCCCCGAGCCACUUAGUUAUCACUUUUGCCUUAUGGCAAGGUGCUCCAUCAUGCUGUAAAAGGCAUUGUUUGUCACCAAACUGUUCUUGGAUGGUUGGGAGAAGUUGCUCUCGGAGGAUGUGUUGGUACCAUUCUUUAUUCAUGGCUGUGUUCUUAGGCAAAAUUGUGAGUGAGCCCACUCCCUUGGCUGAGAAGCAACCCCACACAUGAAUGGUCUCAGGAUGCUUUACUGUUGGCAUGACACAGGACUGAUGGUAGCGCUCACCUUGUCUUCUCCGGACAAGCUUUUUUCCGGAUGCCCCAAACAAUCGGAAAGGAGAUUCAUCAGAGAAAAUUACUUUACCCCAGUCCUCAGCAGUCCAAUCCCUGUACCUUUUGCAGAAUAUCAGUCUGUCCCUGAUGUUUUUCCUGGAGAGAAGUGGCUUCCUCGCUGCCUUUCUUGACACCAGGGCCAUCCUCCAAAAGUAUUUGCCUCACUGUGCGUGCAGAUGCACUCAUACCUGCCUGCUGCCAUUCCUGAGCAAGCUCUGCACUGGUGGUGCCCCGAUCCUGCAGCUGAAUCAACUUUAGGAGACGGUCCUGGCGCUUGCUGGACUUUCUUGGGCGCCCUGAAGCCUUCUUCACAACAAUUGAACCUCUCUCCUUGAAGUUCUUGAUGAUCCGAUAAAUGGUUGAUUUAGGUGCAAUCUUAGUAGCAGCAAUAUCCUUGCCAGUGAAGCCCUUUUUGUGAUGACGGCACGUGUUUCCUUGCAGGUAACCAUGGUUAACAGAGGAAGAACAAUGAUUUCAAGCACCACCCUCCUUUUAAAGCUUCCAGUCUGUUAUUCUAACUCAAUCAGCAUGACAGAGUGAUCUCCAGCCUUGUCCUCGUCAACACUCUCACCUGUGUUAAGGAGAGAAUCACUGACAUAAUGUCAGCUGGUCCUUUUGUGGCAGGGCUGAAAUGCAGUGGAGAUAUUUUGGGGGGGGUUAAGUUCAUUUUCAUGGCAAAGAGGGACUUUGCAAUUAAUUGCAAUUCAUCUAAUCACUCUUCAUAACAUUCUGGAGUAUAUGCAAAGGACGUUGGACUGUCAGAUGGUGAACCGUGAUUCAUCACUCCAGAGAACGCGUUUCCACUGCUCCAGAGUCCAAUGGCGGCGAGCUUUACACCACUCCAGCCGACACUUGCCAUUGUGCAUGGUGAUCUUAGGCUUGUGUGCGGCUGCACGGCCAUGGAAACCCAUUUUGUGAAGCUCCCAAUGAACAGUUAUUGUGCUGACGUUGCUUCCAGAGGCAGUUUGGAACUCUGUAGUGAGGGUUGCAACCUUUUUUACGCGCUUCAGCACUCGGCGGUCCCGUUCUGUGAGCUUGUGUGGCCUACCACUUCGUGGCUGAGCCGUUGUUGCUCCUAGACUUUUCCACUUCACAAUAACAGCACUUACAGUUGACCGGGGAAGCUCUUGCAGGGCUGAAAUUUGACGAACUGACUUGUUGGAAAGGUGGCAUCCUAUGACGGUGCCACAUUGAAAGUCACUGUGCACUUCAGUAAGGCCAUUUUACUGCCAUGGUUUGUCCAUGGAGAUUGCAUGGCUGUGUGCUCGAUUUUAUACACCUGUCAGCAAUGGGUGUGGCGGAAAUAGCCGAAUCCACUAAUUUGAAGGGGUGUCCACAUACUUUCAAAUAUAUAGUGUAGAUGUUCACUCUUUCUUCUGCAACUAAUGUUCACUCAUUAUUUGGUUAAAACAGAAAAGGAAUUUCACCCUAUAUUUUUUGUGUAAGGCUUGAUGUUACAGACCCAAUUUAAUGUUGUCUAAUCUAGAAAUGUAGAAUUUGAGCAUUACUUUGGAGCAUAUCAUUAACCAGGUUUCCAUCCAAACAUUUAAUGCGAUUGAAUUACCUGACGCAUGAAAAAAGUCACAACCGGGCUGAUGGAAACAGGAUGUGCCGGUACAAUUUUAUAAACGGCGACAGACUAUUUGUUCACUCGACAUGGUGGAGUCUUUUUGUGUCGGUAAAAUUGAUUAUGCGAGAAAUGGCGGUGGAUACGCCUUUAUGCGCAAAUAUUGAUGUAAUAACCAUCAUAUCGAAAUAAACGUAUGUUGUGUGGUCCUCCCAUUACGACUCGGGGAAAGCAUGCAGUUUAUUAGGCUACAGAUGAAUUUAAAAUGAUGAUGAACUUCACAGGGUGGUGAAAGUGCAAGGUGAAAAGGUUGAUGCUCCUUUCCAAUAAAUAUCAAGGGUCUUAUUCUGAUGACAUGAUGAUCGAUGCUUGGCUGCCGUUUUGACAAAUACAAAUAAUAAUCUGGUAAUGUGGGUAGCCGACCCACACUGUUGGGUAAAGUGCACGUGCCAAGAUCAGAGUGGGCACCCUCGCUAUAUAACCAACAGUUUUUGUGACAAAAGUUAUUUUUAUGUGCACUAUGUCAUCACGCACAGCCUUUUAUCCGCAACAAGUCAUUUUGAUGGAAACGCAUCUCUGGUGGUAAAUGCGCAUAUUGUUUUAUGGCGAUCUUAAAAUAUUCUCAUCAAAAUCUGUUGCAAAUUGGAUGGAACCUAGCUAUUUAGUGUAAUUUUGUAUUCUGCCUACAUUUCUGUCAGUCAACCCUUUUUAAAUGACAUUUAGUCUUUGGCAUGCAUAAUGUAAUUUGCUAACGUCUACGUCCUCUUGUCUGCUCAGGUUCUGUGAGUCCCCCACCAGUGACUUGGAGAUGAGGAAGGGCCGGGGCAAGAGGAUGAGACCCAACAGCAACACACCCGUCAACGAGAACAGCAACUCCUCGGACAACAAGGGCAGCGGCACCAGCAAGACGCGUGCUGCCAACAACAACAACAGCAAGGGCCGGCGGGGCAGCCAGACGUCGUCAGAGCGCCGCACGCCGCCCAACAGCAACACAGAGGACGUCAAGGCCAGCCCCUCGUCAGCCAGCAAGCGCAAGUCCAAACCCGCCUCCGACAUGGAGCCCAACUCCAGCUCUGAGGACACCAAAGGCAACAAGCGCAUGCGCACCAACUCCAACAGCGGAGGAGGAGGGGUGCCUCCUCCAAUCCUUCCCCCCGUCCCCUCUGUUAAAACUGAGCCCCAGCCCCCGACGCUCGACCGCAACUGCCCCUCGCCGGUCCUCAUCGACUGCCCGCACCCCGGCUGCAACAAGAAGUACAAGCACAUCAACGGACUCAAGUACCACCAGGCACGCGCCCACAACGACGACGAGGACAUCAAGCUGGACCUGGAUGGGGACAGUGAGUACGGGGAGGACUCCACGCUUCACCCUGAGCCGGGGAACUGCAACGGGGCCUCCAGCUCUCACAAAGGCUGCCUGUCUCCUGCACGGUCCGUCACCCCCAAAGGCAGGGGUUUUGACUGCCAGAGUCCGUCCCCUUCCCCGGGCAAGUUUAGUUCCAAACAGAGUAAAAAGAAGGGUGGUGACGCUGACCCUGAAGCAAGCGGCACGCCAAUGGAAGGCUGCGACGACGCGCCCUGUCUCACCGACGAGGCCAGCAAUGACGGCAUGGAAAAGUCCAAGUCUCACAAAAAGUCCAAGACCGACAAACCUUCUCAGAAGAACAUGAAGUCAUCAUCCCGGCCCGUACCCCCAGGGAGCUUAGCCUCCCAGCAGCUCUACUCCCUGCAGGCCUCCUCUUUCCCUGCAGGGGGGAACCCCAAUGCCUCCUUAGGGAUGCCCCCUAUGAUGCAGGGUGUCCCCAAAAGCCCCCAGAUGAAGGGCGCCCAGCCCCCCAAACCCCCCGCCGCGAUGGGAGACCCUGCCGCUCUGAACCCUGCUUCCGGUGCUUCAAAAGAGAAGAAGAAGAAGGAGAAGAAGAAGAAAGAGAGUGGGAAGGAGGCAGACAGUCCCAAGCCUCUGGGGAAAGGGGGGAAACCAGAGGAGGGCAAGAGCCCCUACUCUGAGUCCUCGGAGCCGGGCAAAGGAGACGGGCUCCUUAACGGCUCCUCGGACCCCCACCAGAGCCGUCUGGCAAGCAUCAAGGCCGAGGCGGAUAAGAUCUACAGCUUCACCGACAACGCCCCCAGUCUGUCCAUAGGGGUGGCCAGCCGGAUAGACGGCACGGGAAUGCCUCAGCCCCUCACGCCCCUCCACGUGGUCACCCAGAAUGGUGGCGGAGCCGACAACUCCUCGGUCAAGACCAACAGCCCGGCGUACUCGGACAUCUCAGACGCAGGGGAGGACGGCGAGGGCAGACUAGUGGAAGGGGUGAAGGUCAAGGUGGAGGACCAAGGCAUCAGAGAAGGAGCCAAGAAAGCCCUGUUCCCCAACCAGACGCCCAACAAGGAGUCUCCGUACUACGCCGGCUACGAGGCCUACUACUCACCCAACUACACCUGCCCCAGCCCCGGUGCCGCCAACCCGGGCAUGCCGCACAGCGAAAGUCCGGUGGUGAAAGUGAAGCGUGAGGACGACCAGGAGCAUGUGGAGGACAAGGUCAAAGUGGAGCCUCACGAAGAGCGCAAACUCGAGAUGAACGCCUCCAGUCAACAACAUCAUCAUCAACAACAACAACAACAACAACAACAACAACAACAGCAGCAGCAGUCAGUCAUUCAACAGCGCUCCAACAUGUACAUGCAGCCUCUCUACUACAACCAGUACGCCUACGUUCCCCCGUACGCCUACCACCCGGACCAGGCCUACCACAACCACCUGCUCAACACCAACCCGGCCUACCGGCAGCAGUACGAGGAGCGCCAGCGCCAGGUGCUCUCCGAGCAGCACCGGGCGGCAGUGGCGGAGAAGAAGAGCUCUGACGUGGCGGCCAUGAAGGAACGCGAGGCCUCCAUGAAGGAGGAGUGGAAGCAGAAGGCCUCUGGGCCGCCCACUCUCUCAAAGGCGCCCAGCAAAACAGACAGCCUGGCCAACAAGACCCAACAGAACCAGGGUAAGACCAGAGACUCUCCCUCGGAGCCCUCCAAGGCCUCUGCCACAGGCCUGAAAGGAGAGGUAUCCAAGUCCGAGGGGCUGAAGAUGAAGCUGAGCGAAGGGGGGCACCAUGGGAAGGAGGACUCCAAGCCAGGACUGGACACCAGAGCGGGGAUAGAACAAGCCAUGUGGUACAGACAGGUAAAAAGAAAAAACUAUUAUAUUUCAUACUUGUAUGUGUUCUUAUAUUCUAUUAUUUGUACAUAUUUUAUGUGAAUUAAUGCAGUGUAAUGUGGUGAUUGACGUUAAUUUUAGAUCAUGUUUAGAUCACUUGUAGCCCUUCUAGAGAGUUGUGUAGUUGUUUGGGAGAGGAAGCCCUGAGUUAACUCCUUCCCACCUUCUGUCACCCCAAGCAGACCCAGCAGGAGGACGAGCUCCAGCAGCAACAACCACCGCGGUGGAAAGACGAGCGAGACAGAGAGCGAGAGCGGGACCGUAAAGGAAAGGAUGACAGGCCCAGCAGGCCCAAGGAGAGUGGUGGUCCCAAAGAGGAGGAUGGCGCUGGUCCCAAAGAGGGCACAGACCCCCGAACGUCUUCCACUGAGGACCACCGGGCCAUGGGCAAAGACCCUCGCGCCAAUGCCCACAUGCAGUUCUCCUCGGCCCUGGCGCAGCAUCAGGGAUACAUGCCCUACAUGCAUGGUUACCCUUAUGGGCAGGGCUAUGACCCCAGCCACCCCGGGUACAGAGGCAUGCCCACGGUCAUGAUGCACAACUACCCAGGUAACCAGAUCAACUAUUGGUAUAGAAAGGAACCACUUGGGGGAAAGCGCAUUUGCCCAAAAAAUCUCUAUACACUAUACAAUGUUUUAAAUAUUAAGCCAUAAAUGGAAUUAACACAAUGACCUGUCCCCCCCCCUGUUAGGUUCCCCCUACCUGCCCGCAGGCUACCCGUUCUCACCUUACGGCGGCAAGAUGGCCGGAGGUGAGGAGGAGGCGAGGGGAGGUGACAAGUCGCGCGCCAGCCCCACGGUGAGCAGCAAAGCGGUGGACUCCAAGGCCCUGGACAUCCUGCAGCAGCACGCCAGCCAGUACAAGAGCAAGUCCCCCACAGUGGGCGACAAGCCGUCCCAUGAGAGGGACAGGGGAGAGAGGACUGGCGGGGAGAGGGAACGAGAGAGGGACAUGGAGCGGCCACGCUCCUCGCCCUCCCAGCGCAUCAUGCCCUCCCAUCACCACCUGGGCUACCCGCUGCUCUCGGGCCAGUAUGAUCUGUCCUGCACCACAGGUCAGCCUCAGCCAAUCACCACUCUCACUGUUAUGACUGGCGGGGUUCUCAGAAACCCUGACUGA